GGUGCGGGCCGGCCGCAUCGCGCAUGCGGCUGGCCCGGCCUUCCCCCAGUGGCGGACUUGCCUUGCGCUGCGGCGGCGCUGGUCGCGGGUUAAACCGGGUCAGGGCGCCGGGCGGCCGGGACGCGUCGCCUCUCUCUCGCCGCCUUGCCCGGCGAUGGGCUCGGACUGGAGCAGCCCCGAAGAGCGGGAGCCCCUCUUGCCGCAGCCGCCGCCCGCCUUCCCCCCCUCCCGCCAGCAACAUGCCCCGCUCCGGAGGCCGGCGGCGGCAGGAGCAACAGCAGCAGCAGCAGCGGCGGCGGCGGGUGCAUCGCGAGUGGAGUCCCGCGGCCGGGCGCCGCCGCCGGCCGGCCCCCCUCGCGCGGUCCCGCUGCUGGGCCGCGUCUACGGGCGUCGCUGGGUGGUCCUCCUGCUCUUCUCGCUGCUCAGCUUCGCCCAGGGCCUGGUGUGGAACACGUGGGGCCCCAUCCAGAGUUCGGCCCGCCAGGCCUUCGCCUUCUCCAGCAUGGACAUCGCGCUGCUCGUCUUCUGGGGGCCCAUCGGCUUCGUGCCCUGCUUCGCCUUCAUGUGGCUCAUGGACAAGAAGGGCUUGAGAGUAACUGUGUUGUUAACAUCAUCCCUCAUGGUGUUAGGAGCUGGUCUGAGAUGUGUACCUGUGACAGACCAAACAACAAGGAAAUGGUUGAUUCAUGGAGGGCAAUUGCUGAACGGAUUGGCCGGCCCAACGGUAACGAGUGCAGCUCCAUUCCUCUCCACAACAUGGUUUUCACCAGAUGAGCGUGCCACGGCCACAGCUAUAGCGUCACUGAUCAGUUACCUUGGUGGAGCCUGUGCGUUUUUAGUAGGACCCCUGGUGGUUCCAGGCCCAAAUGGGUCCUCAACACUUCCUCUUGCUUCUGAGAGCAGCCCUGAGUAUAUCAAGGAUCGCAUUGAGGCUGUGCUGUAUGCAGAAUUUGGCAUUGUGGCUUUGAUAUUCUCUGCAGCCCUCGCCUACUUCCCAUCACGUCCCCCGUUUCCUCCUAGUGUAGCUGCAGCUAGCCAAAGGCUCAGCUACAGAAGAAGCUUUUGUCGGUUACUGAGCAAUCCGAGGUUCCUUAUGAUUGCUCUGGCUUAUGCUAUACCUUUGGGUGUUUUCUCUGGUUGGUCUGGAGUUCUUGAUUGGAUAUUAACCCCGGCUCAUGUGAGCCAGGUGGAUGCAGGUUGGAUCGGAUUCUGGUCCAUUGUAGGAGGCUGUGUUUUUGGCAUAGCACUGGCAAGGUUUGCAGAUUUCAUCAGAGGAAUGCUGAAACUUAUCCUUAUCCUGUUAUUGUCAGGGGCAACUCUAGCAGCCAUCUGGUUUACUUUGACAUGUGUAACCACUGUCAUUCACCUGCCUUUAACUACAGCCACCUUGUAUACAUCCUGCAUUUUGUUGGGAGUCUUCUUGAACAGCAGUGUACCUAUAUUCUUUGAACUUUUUGUGGAAACCGUCUACCCUGUUCCAGAAGGAAUCACCUGUGGUGUAGUCACUUUUCUAAGCAAUAUCUUCAUGGGGGUCCUUUUGUUUUUUCUUACUUUUUACCAUGAAGAAUUCUCUUGGUUCAACUGGUGUCUCCCAGGAUCCUGUCUGCUAAGUCUUCUUCUCAUCUCAUGCUUCAGGGAAUCCUACGAUAGACUUUAUCUUGAUGUCGUUGUCUCCGUUUGAUGGCACAAAACAGAGGAGCUCAAGAUGAGGUUGGAAUUCAGUAUGGUGCUCAGCACAUCUUCUUGGAAAUUGCACAGCCGAAAGAAUGCGGCAAGCAAAUUACAGAAUUUUAGCAUGGACAUUUUAAUUGGGUUAUGAAAGAAGGGUUUAAAAAAAAAAAAAAAAAAACUAU